CCCGUUUGGAGUAGAUGUGGCGUAAAUUUCCACCCGAAUGAAGCUGCCAUCGAAGGUGGCUAACGUGUGGAAGCGUUUCUUGGCCAUGCUGUCGCUACCGGAUUUGCUGGUCCUCGCGUGUUUGUGGGCCAGUGGUUUCUCCCUGGGCUACUAUACCAAGUCGGCGUAUGUGUACGACAACCUUUGGCCCCAUUGGUACACCCUGGUGGGCGGGGUGGUGGCCUUGGCACUGACCUUGGGCUGGACCCUCAGGAAGCACAAGAGGCAGCAGUACAGCUACGAUCACUACUACAUCAUAUUCUAUGGACUGCUGUGCUCGCUGAUGGGAAGUUGCUUCAUGCUGACUAAACAGUUGGCCGUAAGCUAUUACUUCAUCUUCGUGGGACUGAGUGUGCAGUACUUGGCCGGAUUCAGUUAUGUGAGCCUGCGUUGCGAUGCCUCGGGAUCGCGACCAUCGAAAAUUGCCCUGGCCAACUCAUUGUAUGCUGGAGGAAUGAGCACAGGAUUUGUGAUAUUCAACGAGAUGGAACCACAACGUUGUGGAUUGAUUGCCCUGGGAAUUAACCUGCUUUUACUGUGCCUGGUCUGUCUCAACGAGUUGCUGCAUCAUACUGGUUGCAUUAACUACAAGGAAUCAAGGGAUUUGGUGUUUAAUCUCCUGAACGAAGAGAAGAUGGUCUUCCUGCCGCGCCAAGCGAUUCUGGCCCAGUUUGUGGGCCGAACGGAUUACCAACUGAAGGAAAGCAGGCAGUGGUUAGUCCUUAUCCUGGGAGGAUCAUUGGUGUGUUUGCAGAAGAGUUGCCUGCUCUUCUCACCCACCUACAUGCAAUUGAUGUGGAGCAGCACUGUGGGCUAUCUGCAGCGAACGCAGUUGUACAUACCCUUUGUUCUGUACUCGGCUGGCACCAGUUUCGGAGCCCUGCUCCUGAUGAGAUACACCCCAAAGCUGGUGUACCUACUCUUCGGACUAAUCCAGAUGACUUUGCUGGUGGCCUUGCUGUGCAUUUACAGUGAUGAACAGACGGAGCAUUGUUUUUUGUUCCUCUGCCUGAUUUAUGUAACCAUGGGAGUACUUUCGAGUCAGGGAAUCCAUUGGUUACUGGAGUGCUCACCCUUUCUGUACACCGAACUGAACCUGGCCAUUGGAUUCAUACUGCAACUGGUCGUCCUCGAGGGCUGUAAAUACGAGUCCUACGCCACGGAUAAUUGGAUAGCUCUUCUGAGCGCCAGUGUGGUGACACUCGGGUUCACGGCACUGGCCAUUCCGGUGGUGCAGUGGCUCCAGCCGCACUCCGCCAGUCUGGUGGACAUUCGCAACCGCUUGCUGGGCAUCCGUCGGCAAUCGCUGCCCCCGGAACAGACCCAAUUCUGGCACACCAACCACUUUCUGGCCCACAACAAACCCGCUAAUCAGAUGGAGUCCGUGCAGCUGGGCCGGAGUCGGGUGUUCCAGCAGUAUCCCAUCAGCGGGAGCGACAUCACCGACAUCAUCGACAACCACCCAAAAAACAAAAACAAGUUCUGAUAAUAAAGUGCUGCACUUUAAACUCCCA